CUUGUGUUCCGACUGGCUCCAAACUACAGAGAGCACCCUCAGUUCCCCAGUGUCCCCCUGUUCAAGGCUUUCUUCACCCCCUGGAGAGUCAUCUUCGAAGGUGGAAUUGACCCUUUGCUGCGUGGUCUGAUAGGUAGCCCUGCUAAAUUGAACACCCAGGAUCACAUGUUGGUGAAUGCUGUGAGAGAGAGGUUGUUCCAGUUUGUAAUGCACAUGGCUCUGGACCUGGGUUCUCUGAACAUGCAGAGGGGUCGGGAUCAUGGACUGCCUGGCUACAAUGCCUGGCGCAGGUUCUGUGGUCUGUCCCAGCCUCGUAACCAGGCAGAGCUGGUUUCAUUGAAGAUGGGAACUGAUUUUCACCCCGGCCCGUUCCAACAUAUCUCACAUUCCAGUGUCAGCAGCCCUCAGUCUCAGUGA